AUGGAUCGAGAUCUUGGCGGUGACAAGCCCCGUCUGACCAGAGUGACGGGAAGGAUAUGGAGUAUCCAAGUAAUGAACUACCUCAAGCGUCGGGACUUAUAUGGGGCGGUUGACUCUGGAUAUGAGUCGAACGCUAAUACUGACGAGGAGGAUUUUGAGAACCGGACUGACGCCGCCAAAGAGACCCCCGAAGGGAAGGCGGCCAAGAGGAAGAUCGACAGAAAAAGAGACCAGAGAGUAACGAAGCGUGAGGAAGGGGCGAUAGAGACCAUCACCGGUUUCUGCACUCCUGAACCGCUCUCGAAUAUCGCAGAGCUUGGAACGGUGAAGGAGAUGUGGGAUACCCUCAAGAGGAUAUAUGCCCCUAUUGGGCGACAACAGUUGAUGGACCGCAUUGCCUACAGCCACUACUCUCCUCAGUCUCGGUUUAUAAAGUAUCACUUGAGCUCAGUCGGCUUCAGAAAGAGCUUGCGGAGCAUGAUAUAA